AUGGACCGCUUCCGACUAUCCCUAUCAGCUUCUAUCGCUCUUCUUUCUCUAAGCCAUUUCACCGCGGGUGCUGCUACCAUCACUUCCACUACCACUGCCGGCAUCGACCUUCCGCCAGAAGCGAUAGGAUAUUAUAUUCAUGACAGUCUGGGCACAGUCACAGGUGCCUAUGGUUAUUGUUGCCAUCCCAGUAGAACUGAGAGUUGCGCACUCGCAACUGAAUGUCGAGAUGGUACAAUAAAAGGCCCUGAUCAUACAAGUAGCUGCGAAAAUUGUGUUACAGUUUCUGUCUACGAAUCAAUACGUUUGGUGCCGCCAUCCGUGAAAUUUGUUCAAUGUCUGAGUAAUUGGCCGGCAUUGACGCUGUAUCGUCAUCUCCCAUCUCGAAAAACGACAUCCAUCGGUAUAACUUCAAUGCCACACAAUGCAACGAUAACCACUUCGCCCGAUGUGACAACAACUUCCACUUCAUCCAUAAAAUCACCAGGCAGUAUAACAGCUGCCCCGAUUGCACCAAGCGGGCCCAACACCCCUACCUCGUCACCUGGGGACUUAUCUGACAAAUCUCCCGACGAAAAGAAAUCAGAAGCAGCAAAAAUAUCCAGUAUAAUUAUUGGAAUAAUUCUUUUUAUCGCGAUAGUCAUUCUCGGACUCUUGCUCGGCCGUAGCAAGUGGAAUAAGCCUGCGUCGCAGGAUUCACUUAGCAAAUUGCAUGAAGCCGAGGGAUCCAAUGGACUUGUGCCGGCUCCGACUCGAAGAAUAACAUCAAGGCGCGGCUCGCAACGAAGCCAUACAUCGAGAGACGGGUUUAUUUCUUUUGAGGACCUCAGCCCGUCUUGUAGGUAUUCACCUGCACAGGAACUGCCCACCGUGGUUGAGGAGCGAUAUCAACAAUUAAGCACCACUUCGAGCCCCAUCAGUCCCUGCUUGCUUUCGAUAUACACCGUUUGCUUACCGUUUCCUCAACAAUUCGACAAUAUUGGAAACAUUUGGCUCCUGAUUAGAAGCGGCCAAGCACAGUGGGACAUACCGUCGCUCUUCUACUCGAAUAUAAGAGACAACCCACACAACCCUUUUCCUGACUUUACGACGAGAUUGUGCUGCAUUCGCAGGCUAUAUAGGGCCACGGUGGAUACGGUUGAUUCAUCUCAGUGGACAAGGACCGAUGGACUUGCUAAAAGCCUUCUUGGGGUCCAGCCGCGUUUACGAAACGGCAUUGAAAGGACUUCUUCCCAGGCAGCAGGAUGUUAG